UGAAAAGUCAGCGGUAGAUUUGAGUUAGUGCGGCUCUUGCGAAAAAAAACUAGUGGUAAUGAAUGAGCUCGAGAAGUUAUUAAGUAAAGCCACAAACCCCAUAUCAGAUCAGUACGAUUCUGACACUGUGAAUGAAAUUUCAAAGCUAAUUGACACUCAACCUAAUGGUCCAGUCUUUACUCUUCGUCUUCUUGCCCAUAAAAUUAAGUCUCCACAUGAAAAAGAAGCUCUUAGCUCCUUGAUGCUGUUAGAGUUUUUAUCCAAGCGUUGCGGUCGAACAUUCAUAUCCGAACUUGGAAAGUUCAAGUUUCUCAACGAACUAAUCAAAGUUCUCUCGCCCAAGUAUCUUGGUGACCAAACAUCUUCAUGUGUUAAAAACAAGUGUGCUCAGUUGCUUCAUAAUUGGCAACGUGAUUUCUCACCAAAUGAACCGAAAUUCGCUGAGGCUUACAAUAUGCUUGUUCGAGAAGGUAUUAUAACUGCGAGUCAGAUAGUCUCUACUGACUCCGUUUCAGAGGUUUGUCGCUCAGGCUCUUCAGCCGCUGAAAAUAGGCAAAAUAUUUUUGAACGUAAUAAAAAAUCAGAGCGUUUAACCCAAUUACUUCGUAGUCGUAAUCCAGCUGAUCUACGUGAAGCAAAUGCUCUUAUCAAGAGUAUAGUUGAAGAAGACCAAGUACGUAUGGAAAAAGUAAGUCAAAGAACUAGUGAAAUGGAAGCUUUAAGAAAUAAUACAAUAUUAUUAGAAGAAAUGAUUGGGACAUAUUUAUUAGGUGAAAGUACUGAGGCUGAAUUAGAACUGAUGAAUGAACUGGUACAGAAUAUACGUAGAGCACGUCCAUUAUUAUAUAGUUUCUCUUUAACACAUGAAGAACAAGAUAUUGAAACAUUGACUGAAAUUGGUCAAAUAUGUGACAAAGCUAGUGAAGUUUUAGCAAAUUAUGAACAAAAAAUAACCAAUCGAAGGUCAUCAUCCUCCUCAUUAAAACAUGAUCAACCACAUAUGCCUUCAUCUAUAACUAAUGAUCAUUCUUCUUCCUCAUUAUCAUCAUCAACAUCAUCUAAUCAUGUUCCUGAUCUUUUAACACAAGAUUUAAUGAAUUUAGGCUUAAGUGAUGAUCUAAUCACACCUAUCACAUCUUCUAAUGCUAAGAUGUACUCUCCAGAUGUCUUAUUAUUGGACACUACAGAUUCAUUUCCUGUUAAUCGUCUUCAUAAUACGUCACGUCAUCAAAUAUCACAUCCGAUUGAACCAAAAUAUUCAUUGAACAAUAGUAACAAUUUGAUUGGGAAUAAUCUUGGUAUUAGAAAAAAGUCAAACUAUGAUGAUUUACAAGAUAUUUUUUCCACAAAUACUACUACUACUACUACGACGACGACUUCUGGGUCAACAAUACUCCCUACCUCGUCAACACUUUACCCAUCAAUAUUCAGUUCUGUCGAUUCCAAAACUUCAAAACAAUCAUUGUCUUCUGAACAUGAAUCUUCUGUAAAUUCUAAUUCCAAUGUCUUCAGUGAACUAGAUAGUUUGAGUCGUCAAAUGCUUAACUUAUCAAAAACAAAUGCUUUGACAGAUACAAAUCUAUCAAUAUUAUUAUCAAAUAAUUCUCCGAGUAAACUAAAACCUGAUGAUGAUGAUGAUGAUAAUACACCCUUAUGUGUAAACAUGAAAGAUACCCCUACUAGUAAUCAUAAUCACAAAGUGAAAGAAAUGACAUCAUCAGAAGUUACAUCACAAUGUAUGAUUGAUCUUAAAUCAUUUGAUAUUCAACUUUCUUCUGUUCAACCACAUUCAAUACAUAAAACACCAUUAACACUUUAUCCAACUAAUCUAUCACAAGAGAAUGACAGUAGUGAUAAUACUUAUAACAUACAAUUAACAUUACAUUAUACUAAUAAUAAACCACAUCCUGAUGUAAUGGUUUUUGUUGCUGUUAUAUCUAGUCGAAAUGUUUUACCGAUUACGGAAAUUAAUGUUAGAUUUGGUGUUGAAAAGCCUUUUAAAAUACGACAACUUAUUGCAUCUGGACAAAACCUUCCAGCUUAUACAACUUUUCUACCACCUGCAUCAAUCAGCCAAGUAUUAUUAAUUUAUAAUCCAUCCAAAUUGGUAAGUUAUUUAUUUAUUUAUUUAAACACAUAAAAAUUGGUAUAAGGAGGUAGCCACGAAAUAGAUAUGCGCCAUACAAAUCAUUCGAUUUUUAUGAGGGCUGUGAUACUGUCCAGGUGCCCAAACCUAAGCAGAUGAUUUUUUUGGGGGGCCACACCUGGAUCCUUUGAUCUAAUGGUCUGACUCACAAGGCAGUGGAGCAUCGUAAGGAGAUGCAGUCCCAUGGUAGCCCGUAACCAAUGAUUGAUUUAUACGCCAUUUGUUUCCUCAGGAUACUGGGGCCAAUGUGUACCAUUGGUUUAAAAUCAAGGUUUUCCAACUCCCCUAGGUAGACUCUCCGUGUCCACCAACCCGAUUAAAGCGUCGGACAUUCGCUUUUUAUGUAGAAAAUAAUCUAUCACUGUUGUCUAUUACUUGUUAUGGAUUCAGGAUGUUAUGAUAUUAUGGUAUUAGAACAUGAUGAAACUAGUUGCUGAAUAUAAUCCAAUUAGACUUGUAAGAAUCAUAAGUUAAUUCAUAUUAGUCCAGUUGUUAAACGUGUGUUUCAUUCGUUCUAAAUGUGAGCAAAAAUCCGUUUCUGAAUAUUGUUGUUAGUUGUCUGCCAGCCAUUGCUUUUAAUAUAAAAUAGGAUCUACGUCAACUAGAUAGAUUAGAUAACUAUAUACAACACAUCAAUCGUAGUUCUUCAUAUCAAUUAGUUAGUCGUAUGAUGUGCUUUUUCCUCUCUCCGACAAGGCUGUCCACUACCUGCAUUUCUGUUUAACUUCAUUAUGGACCUAUUGCUGGAAAUAAUGUUCUCAUCGACUGAAUUUUAAGGAAUUGAUCUCCUAACAGGACGUCCACUUAUCGACUUCGAAUACACAGAUGAUAUAGCCCUGUUUGGUGAAGACACUGAUAAAAUAUAGAGUCUUUUGAUAGCAUUGAACUACAAUGCCAGGAUGUUCAUGAUGCGUUUCUUCUCCUCUAAAUGCAAGUUGUUGCUUGUGGACUGGCCAGCGUCAACACCUGAAAUAAGGGUAGGGUGUGAAGUAGUCGAACGCGUUGACAACUUCACUUAUCUUGGAAGUCUGAUCAGCCCUAAUGGGUUACUGCCUGACGAAAUCUCAGCACGGAUUCAAAAAGCUCGUUUGGCUUUUGCCAACUCAUGUCACCUAUGGCGAAGGCGAGAUAUCCAUCUAUCAAUUAACGGAUGAGUAUACUGUGCAGCAGUUCGCUAUGUUCUACUUUACAGCUGUGAAACAUGGCCAUUAAGAGUAGAAGAUACUCGUAGGUUACUAGUAUUUGACCACAGAUGCUUUAGAAAUAUUGCUCGCAUCUGCUGGGAUCACCGAGUAAGUAAUAGUGAGGUUCGAUACAGGGUAUUAGGAAAUGAUGGUAAAUCAGUUGAUGAGGUGAUGAAUCUUCAUCGACUGAGAUGGUUGGGCCACGUGUUACGUAUACUUGAACACCGAUUGCCACGACGCGCUAUGCUGACUAGUGUAGGGGAUGGUUGGAAGAGAGUUAGGGUCGGCCAAACCAAAACAUGGCAUCAGUGCUUGAAGUCACUAACUUCUAGUCUAAGCCAUGUUGGUAGAUGCAGACUACCUGGUUGGGGUCCGCGUGACUAUCGUAACCAAUGGUUGAAGACUCUAGGUGACAUGACUGUCUUUAUCUUUCCUUAAACAUUGAGAAUAAAAUUGCUUAAUAUCUCUCUUCCUUCCUAUACUAUAUCCUUAUAUAAAACCUUUCGUUUAUAUACUACCACCACUAAAUUAACUACUUCUGUGAAUCCGGUGUUCAUCUUGUUGUGCUAACAAGGUAUGACAACUUGAACCGACGCAUAUAAGUGCCUGGUCUUACGUUGUAACUGGUUGACUGGCUGAAAUCUGGUUAUUUUAAUUAUCAAAUGUCUAUUAGUGAUAUUUUCCCCUGUAUAUAUUUAUAAAUGAUUCAUUAAAUUCUACCUUCCUUAUUUUUUUCUACAGGAAAAAUUUCUAUUGAAAUUUCAAUUAUCUUUUAUAUUAGAUAGUGAAUCUAUUUUAGAAUCUGGGAAAUUAGAAUUACCAUGUGGUUAACUUAUUAUUAAUCACUAUAAUGCUAUUCUUCUUUUCUCUUUCUCAUGUGAAUAUGAUGCAGAUAGGUACUUUUUUUUUCCCGUGAUCAUAAUAUAAAUUUUUAUUAUUGAAAAGUAUUUGUCGUUUGUGUUCUUUCUUUCUUUCCUUGAUUGAUUGAUUGAUGAUGAUGAAUCAUUUUGAACAUGUGAAAAAAUGGAUGAUACUUUUCUUUGGUAAAUUUAUACUGAGUCUAUAAAAGCUUUGUGAUAAAUUUUUUUAUACAUUUAUAUGUUAAUUUAUUUGUUGCUUCUUGUAAAGUUUCAUUCAUCUUUCGUCGUCUUCGUCGUCUUUAGAGGUUUAAGCAUAUAUAUUGUGUUCAUACUUUUUUCAACUAACAUUUUGAUGCUACUGACUAAUAGUGAGUAGUUAAAUGUAUUUCAUUACAUUUAUUUGGUUUGUGAAGUUUUUCAGAUUUUUUUAGGUGUCACUAUUGUUUGUUCUCAUCUUUUGUCCUUUUUAUCUGUAAAUCAUAUAUUUUUGUUAAGAAAUAUACCGAAUUUACUUUAAAUAAUUUUCUUCUAUUUUCUUUGUUUUUUUUUUUUAAAUAUUUGGUAAUCUAAUAAUGUAAUUCAUUGAGUCUAAAGUGUUUUGUCAUUCACAAAACUUAAAUCACACUUUACGGACAAGAAGAAUGAUAUAUACAUAUAUUUUGUUCUUAUGAAUAGAAUCAUUUAUCUUUUCGGCUACUUCUUACUGUUCAAUAUAUUUACUUAAUUUAACCAUCUUCCUAUUGUCAUAUAUUUGUUCUUGUUUCCUUUUAGUAUGGACUAUAUUCUAUUCUGUUGAACAUCUUUUUCUCUAUAGUCAUGAAAGUUUUUUCAGAUGAUUACUUGCUGCAAGUAAUAAAAUCUUAUUGUAGUACAAUAAUAAUAUGGUUAUAAUCAAU